AAUGUUAACGUUCGCUUGUAUAGCGGUAAUAAUUUAGAUUCAUUCAAAUUGGUAUAUCGUAAUCCAAAGAUUAAGAUUGAUUUUUCUAAACAAUCUCAUAUGGUUCUAAAAAGAAGUUUAAAUAAAGAUGCUAAUGCUGCAGAAAAAUCCGCUGAGACAGCAUUAAAGGAUGGUAAUUAUCAGAAACUGAAAAAAGCGUCUCCUGCUGAUGGUGGUGAAAAGAAGAAACAAUCAAGUAUAUUUUUUAAAAUCGUGGAUAGUGCAUUGACAACCAUAAUAGGAUUAGCAGCUAUUGGCCUUGGUGGUGUAGUUUAUAAUGCAUGGUAUGAAUGGAACGAAAUUCAUAAAGUAGAACUAGCGUUCAAAAAACCUGAUCCGUCAUUAAACCGCAGAAUUAGAGAAUUCCUUAAAAGAGAAGAUCUUUUAGAAAAAAUUCAAAAAGCCGUAGAAGGGCACGCUCCUGGAAAAUACCUUUUACUUGUAGGUGAACGAGGAACCGGAAAAACACAGUUAAUUUUGAAUGCAAUGCAAAAAAUAAAUCAACAUGGUGUUGUAUUUGCCGAAGCUCAUUCGGAUUGUGAAAUUUUUAAAGUUAGAUUAGGCAAAGCUCUAAAAUAUACUUAUAGACAAGAUUAUAUUGGUCAGCUUUUUGCUAUAGAAGCUCCUGAACGAGGUUCUGCUUUACUUGAUGUUGAAAAGGCUUUAAAUGUGAUAGAAGCUGUUGCCAUAAAAUAUCACAAAAAACAUCGUCGCCCAUUAGUUCUUAUUAUAAAUAAUAUUCAUGCAUUUAAAAAUGAAGGCCUGUUAGAAUUAUUACAACAACGUGCUGAAUCUUGGGCAGCUACUGAAAUUGUGACAAUGAGAGAUGCUUCUAAAAUGGAGGUUGAAAUGAUAAGAGACUUAGAACUUGAAGAAGCGAUAAGCUUAUUAAAAACAAACCGACCAGAAACUGAGGUCGUAUUGAAAGAAAUUGUUGAACAAAUUGGCGGUCGUAAGUCGUAUCUCGAGAAAUUAGCCAAAGAACCUGACAUUUAUGCAACUGCUAAAAGACUAGAAAAUGAAGAAAGAAUUUGGAUAAUUAAUCAAAUAGGCCUGAUUCCUGAUUUUGAAGAAAGUGCUUUCGAUAAUCAAAAAUAUGCUGCAUAUGCAUGGAAAUUAAUUCGCGCAAUUGUAAAAUCUCCAAAUAAUACUGUCCCAAAAUUAGCCAAUGUUUGUGAAAGAAUUAAAAAAAUUGGUCAGGGCAAAGCAUAA